AUGGAGAGCCUGCAGCGGCAGCAGGCGGCCCGCCUGGCCCGCGGCCCCGACGGCGCUCCCCGACGGCCCCCGCUGGAGCCCGGCCCCGGCCCCGGGCCGCCGCUCCCCGCCGCUCCCCGCCGCCGCCCGGCCUCCGGCCCGCGCCCGCCGCCCGCCGCUGCGGGGGAGGAGGAGGACGACGAGGAGGAGGAAGAGGAAGAGGAGGAAGAAGGAGAGCCCCGCGACCCACCGCCGCCCCCGCACCACGAAUGGACCUACGAGGAGCAGUUCAAGCAGCUCUAUGAAUUGGAUGAGGACCCGAAACGAAAGGAGUUCCUGGAUGACCUCUUUGGCUUCAUGCAGAAGAGAGGGACACCAGUGAACCGCAUCCCCAUCAUGGCCAAGCAAGUGCUGGACCUGUACACACUGUACCAGCUGGUGACAGACAAGGGUGGCCUGGUCGAAGUCAUCAACAAGAAGAUCUGGCGGGAGAUCACCAAGGGCCUCAACCUACCUACCUCCAUCACCAGCGCUGCCUUCACCCUCCGCACACAAUACAUGAAGUACCUGUAUCCCUACGAAUGUGAGAAGCGGGCGCUCAGCUCUCCCGGAGAGCUCCAAGCUGCCAUCGACAGCAACCGUCGGGAGGGACGGAGGCAGACUUUUGGCACAGCACUCUUCAACUACUCGCCAGCUAGCACCCCAACCCUGCUGGGCACCCCCAAAAUGCCUCUGCCAGCUCUUAGCAUCUCCACACACAGCUGUGGCCAGCUCAGCCAAGUGCAUAGUGUUAAGAAAGAGGACGGAAUGCUGGCAGCAUCAGUGCCAGGGCGCAUUGCUAUCCCAGUGGGACUGGCUGGCCACCAUCUCACAGCAGCCCAAGCAGCUGCUGCCUCACAGGCAGUGGUGCUGGAACAGCUGCGGGAGAAGCUGGAGACAGGGGAGCCCCCAGAGAAGAAGGUGGCCCUGACAGCGGAGGAGCAGCAGCGGCUGGUGCAACAUGCGCUUCAGCACAACCUCCUGGCCAUGGCCUCCCAGUUCCCCAUGAAUGUCAAGAUCUCCAGCCGAGAUGACAGACAGGAGACCGCAUUGAACCUGUCCACCAACAGCAUUAGCAGUAUCAACAUGUCAAUAGAAAUAAAUGGAGUUGUCUACACAGGUGUCCUGUUCGCCCGCCGGCCCUCAGCCACCCUGGCACCUGCUGGAGGGAGCAGCCAGACACGUCCAAACCCCAUGCCUGCCCCAAACCCCCUGCUCCCAGCCUCCUCUCAAAGCCACACUCCCACUAGCGCCUCUCCAUAAGGCAGAUGUGACACCUCCCUGAAAACAGCUGGGGGGUGACCAGAGUCUGGGGGUCUGAGCUGUGGGACCCAGGUGGGCCACCAGGGUGGGAUGGGGUACCCAAAGGUGCCUCUUGCUGCAAUACUGAGCUGUGUCCAUGCAAGGCUGUGAACACCCACGCUGGCCCUUUUGUCCCUUCAUCCCCACACAUGCCCCCUGACACACACACA